GGCCCCGCCUCCCUCCCUCCCUCCCGCCCGGCCUCCCCCUCCUCCUCGUUGGGAGCCCGGCCUCCCAAGAUGGCGGCGCCCAUGGAGCUGUUCUGCUGGGCCGGCGGCUGGGGGCUGCCCUCGGUGGACCCCGACUGCCUGGCCGUUUUGACAUAUGCCCGCUUCACAGGAGCACCUCUCAAAGUUCACAAGAUCACAAACCCAUGGCGAAGCCCAUCAGGAACCCUCCCAGCGAUGAAAUCACAAGAUGAGGGCAUCAUCUCAGACCCUCAUCAGAUCAUCACCUACCUCAGAAAACAGAAAUUCAAUGCAGACUAUGACCUCUCAGCCCGACAAGGAGCAGACACACUCGCCUUUGUGUCCUUGCUGCAGGAGAAGCUGUUGCCAGUGUUGAUCCACACAUUCUGGGUGGAUGCCAAGAACUAUGUGGAGCACACACGGAAGUGGUAUGCAGAGGCCAUCCCAUUCCCAUUGAACUUCUUCCUGCCAGGACGAAUGCAGAAACAACAGUUGGAGCGGUUACAGAUGGUUUGUGGGGAAAACUGUCUGGAGAAUGAAGAUGAGCUGGAAAAGGAGCUGUACCAUGAAGCUCGUGAGUGCCUGACGCUCUUCUCUCAGCGCCUUGGCAGACAGAAGUUCUUUUUCGGAGACUCGCCUGCUUCCCUGGAUGCCAUUGUUUUCAGCCAUUUGGCUCCACUUUUGAAAGCCAAACUCCCCAAUGCAAAAUUUCAACAGCACCUCAAGUCUCUGCCGAACCUCUGCAAUUACUGCACAUCCAUCUUAAGCCUCUACUUCCCCUGGGAUGGAGGUGACCCUCCACCCAAUGUGCCAAAGGCUGCCACUGGAGAUGGGAGUGAUAAUGAGGAGGAGCCCUACAAACGCCGGAACCAGAUCCUGUCAGUGCUGGUAGGCGUUGUGGCCAUGAUUGGGUAUGCUCUCCUUACUGGCAUUGUCUCCAUCCAGAAACAGGCACCCAGCUCAGAAGGUUCUCGUGCCAUUGCCCUUGAAGAGGAAGAAGAAGAAGAAGAGUGAUCUUCUCAGCUCAGGAAUGGUAAAAUCUGCAAUCUGUAAACGGACUAUAAUUGGGGGGGGGGGGUUGUACUGUGCCAGGCCCAGCAUGCCUGCCUCCCCCUACUCCUAAUAAAUAUUGCUUCUUGUUCAUUCCAGAAUUCUUGAUGAGGGAUAUGGCAGGGAAUAGUAUAGGCCAAUAAAGUUUUCUGAACCACUC